AUGAGUCCUGCCCUCAAGCUUCGAGGUGUUCGGACUUUGUCCUGGACUCGAGUUGUUCCUCGUGUCCAUCGACAGACACGAUAUGUGCAGAUCCGUGCAACUCCCUCCGCGGAGCCCGUCAAUGGGGACCACCUGCCCCUCGCCGGCACGCCUAGCUCGGCUCAGUCGCGAGAUGCGCGAUUCGAUGUUGUUGGCGCCCCAUAUUCACUCCUUUCAGUAUCGCUCUCCGCUUCGCAGAAUCUAUACACGCGCCGAGGUACCCUAGUAGGGCUGAGUGGCAAGGCAGACAAUGUGGUCUCGACAUUGAGUGUCCUCGAACCCUUCCGCAGGGCGGCUGUCGGCGUACCCUUCCUUUAUCAAAAGGUCUCUUCAGCAACCCCCGUCACUGCGCUCAUCUCCACUCGCUCUCCGAAUACUUCCUUCACUGUUGUGAACCUCAAUGGCUCUGUGGAUUGGAUGGUUGCUCAACGGCGCGCUCUGCUGGCAUGGACAGGCCGGUCUCUGUCAAUCAAGCCCACUAUCAACACAAACCUUGGCUUGGCUCACUGGGGUAGCUCCGAAGUCACUGGACGAGGACUGAUUGCAUUGGUCGGUAACGGCCAGGUUUACUCGGUUGAGUUAAAAGAAGGCGAGCAAUAUAUCGCCCACCCUAGCAACGUGGUCGCCUAUACUAUGUCCUCCAAUCCUCCCAGGCCAUACCGCUUCAAGUCAACCACACUCAGCUUCCAAAUUCCUGGCCUAAACAGGUUCCCUCGACUAUUGCAAAACGUCAAGUUUAUCCAAAAUGUUACUGGCUCCGAUGCUUGGAAGUCUACUAUGCGAUUCUUCCACAAGCUGCGAACCUGGUCUCGCAUGACCAUCUGGGGAGAUAGACUCUUCCUGCAGAUUGAUGGUCCUGCAACUGUUCUCAUGCAAUCCCGUGGUCCCCGUCUGAAUGAUGUCCUGUCGGAGCGUGAACUCAACGAGAUUGCCAAUACUCCUCGGGGAUUAACGUACACUCCUCAGGAAUUCGAGAACGAAAAGAUGAAGCAGGCCCAAGAAGCACCUGGCGGUGUGUCAGACCUUACUCGUUCUGUUGAGAACUCAAGCCAAGAUAUCAAGAGUCUCAGCGAGGAUGUGGCUAAGAUUCGCACUGAUGGUAAGGAGGCCUAG